AUGGAUCAUGAACCACGACAUGAGUUUGUAUCAAGGCUUGAUAAAUGUAAGGAUCAUUUUCUUAACAUUCUACUUUGUGAUGCGAACAUUAGAAAUGCAAGUAUGACUGAUGAGAUGAAAGAUCGAGUGGACCAUGGUAAUGAUUUGCAAAAUGAUGAGGAGGCAGAGGAAGAAGUGACCAACAAAUACAGAAUACACGAUCCAAAUGUUAGGUGGGAUAAGAUGGAACCUAAGUUAGGGGACGUGUUCGAAUCACCUGCACAACUGAAAUUCUGUGUGACAAACUAUGCAGUAAAUGGAGGGUACCAAAUAUACUUUCAGAAGAGUGACAAUAGAAGAAUUGUUGCAAUAUGUGGUAAGAGACAUGAAGAUAAUAAAUGCUCUUUUAGACUUUAUGCAGCAUGGAUGUACAAUGACAGAACCUUUCAGGUUAAAGCAAUGAAUUCUGAGCAUCUUUGUUCUAGAGUGUUUAAAUUUGGGUCUAUUGUUACCCCAGAAUGGAUUGGAAGACACUAUGUUAGAAGGGCAAAACAGUGGGCAAAAGAACUGAUUGAGGGUAAAUUAAAUGAACACUAUGCAAGAAUUUGGGAUUAUGCCCAAGAGUUAUUGAGAUCAAACCCUGUGUCUACAUGCAAAGUUGGUGUUACUAACAAUCCAGAUGAUAACAAUUAUUUUAAAAGGUUUUAUAUAUGUUUCAAGGCUUUAAGUGUUUGCUGGAAAAUAGGGUGUAGGAAGGUAAUAGGGUUGGAUGGAUGCUUCCUAAAGGGUCAGGUAAAAGGUGAAUUACUCACAGCCAUAGGUAGAGAUGCUAAUAACCAAGUGUUCCCAAUAGCUUGGGCUGUUGUUGAUGUGGAAAACAAGGAUAAUUGGACCUGGUUUCUGGAGCUUCUGAAGGAUGAUCUUGACCUUGGUACUGGUGUAGAUUUGGUUGUUAUUUCUGAUCAACAUAAAGUAAGUUCCCUUAUAAUUAUAGUAUACUUCAAUUUGAUUAUUUCAAUAUGGUUAUAA